AUGAGUGGAAGAGGCACUAGUCCAAAGCUUGAGAUGGAGCUGAACUUGUCCCCACCCAGGCAAAACUCACAAGAUGAUGACGUUUCGCCUUGGAAUUCAUCAACAUCGGAAAUGUCGUCAGAGAUAUCGGUUGUUGAAGGUUCUUGUGUGUCAUCGGAGACAGAGGAGAGUAGCGUUAACGUCGGCCAUGCAAGCAGCAACUCAGAAACAACCCCAGAAAUGGUGCUGGUGGGGUGCCCUCGAUGCCUAAUGUAUGUGAUGCUAUCACAAGUAGAUCCCAAGUGCCCCAAAUGCAAUAGCAAAGUAUUGCUCGAUUUGCUCAAUAUUGAUUAG